AUGUUGCCAGCACUUGCACUAACGAAGACGAAUCGCGAUGGAGCGGUAAGAAGAAUUUCGAUGAGUGAAAAUCAUCGUGAGUAUCUGACUAAUCUGCGGAGUAGAAGAGCGGCAUUAUUGCGGGAGGAAAGAACCAGAGCAAUUCGAUGGUGUCUCGAUGAAAACCAGAGGAAUUGUCGCUCUGAAUUAAGGCGCAAUGCUGAAGACAAGAUUGAUGAGGAGUCAUUUGAAACGAUUCGAGGCGAUCCUAGUAAGCGUCGUAACUCGAGCUAUAUUCCUCAGCAUAUCCCAGAGGAUAUUUUUGCCCGACCUGAUAAAGGGGAUUUGGACUCCAAACUCGAAGAUAGGAUUCAUGGGAGUGGACAUUAUGAUGAGGAGAAGGAAUCGUUGUUUGCUACACUACGGAUUGGAUAUAAUGGUAGAAUUGACGUUAACGACCUACCGCGUUGCCUCCUAAAGUCAAGUUGGAGACCAAGCACGCAGCCGUUGUCAGAGUACUACAAAGACUAUGACGCAGAGCUAGAAGCCAUCGCCAAGAUGAUCGAUCCUGCUGCACCUCGUCCUGAAGGCCAACUCAUGACCCCUGUUCGAGGAGAGAGCGUGAGCGCCGCUGCGCAAAAUUAUCCAAGAAGCCUUGACAGUGCUCUUCAUCGAUAUGGUACGUCAGUUCCAAAGAGUGUGGCGGCUUUAGUACUCGACCAAACUGGUCGGCCAGGUCCUCAAAUCACUUACGAAAACUUAACUGAGGUAUUUCAGGAUGCUGGAAUACAGCAGCUUGGGUUUCUGUUAGGAAGUUGUGGAGCGAAAGUUGCAUUAACAUCAGAUACUUGCUACAAAGGUCUUCCAAAAUGCUCAGUUUCGUCUAGCCAGUUUCCACGCACUUUGCCAACUGGUUCGAGCACCUUAGUAGGUAGCCCGCAGGAGGUUGUCGAUCUGAAGUCUUGGCCGCGCCUAUACUGGGUUAUAACGGAGCAUUUGGGAUGUAUGCGUUUUACUAGUUUUUGUAAUUUCAAGGGAAAACCGUCUCGUGACUGGACAGCGCCACCUCGAGUAGCCGACGAAAGUAUCGCUUACAUAGAGUAUUCGUGUGAUCGUGACGGAGCUGUGAAAGGUAACUGGCAUUUAGGUGAGACUAUGAUUUGUGUGUUGGAUUUUAAGCGAGAAGUCGGUUUAUGGCAUGCAGUACUGGCUGCAGUUUUUAAUGGAAUGCGUGUGGUUUUUGUCCCUUAUUCGUUGAUGAAAAUUAAUCCGGCAAGUUGGAUGUUGAUGACAACGAAAUUGCAAGCUUCCGUCGCAUUGGUGAAAUCACGUGAUUUGCACUGGGGUUUAUUAGCUACUCGGGACCAUAAAGAUGUAAACUUAUCUUCUUUGCGAUCUCUCGUUGUUGCUGACGGUGCGAAUCCGUGGUCUCUAUCAUCUUGCGACCAAUUCGCAGCAGUUUUCGCUGCUCAUGGUCUGCGUGCUGAGGCCAUGUGUCCAUGCUCAGGCAGUUCAGAAACAGGGACUAUUUCGUUGAGAAGGCGCACCUCAACCGGCAGUGGUAGCAGUGGUCGAGGAAUCUUGUCAAUGGCAGCGCUAAGCCAUUCCGUUGUUCGUGUAGACAAAGAGAACUCGUUGACCAGUCUCACCCUUCAAGAUGCUGGCCAAGUAAUUCCUAGUGGAUCUGUAGUCGUUUUGAAGCAAACUGGUCCACCUCGGCUCUGUAAAGCUGAUGAACUUGGAGAGAUUUGCUUAUGCGCGAAUUCAACUGGUAUUGCGUAUUGGGGUUUGGAAGGAGUGUCACUUACGACAUUCAAGACGGAGCCACUGGGUGUAGACGACAGGCCUCUUGGUCCUCGGCCCUACGUUCGAAGUGGCUUAAUUGGUUUUAUGGGUCCGGUUAGUUUAUUCUCUUCGUACAUUUUUAGUAACCCGUAA